GCAUUUUUAGAAGAAGUGAAAAGAACAGAUUCAACAAGUUGUGCAGUAAACAAGAUUAUUGGACAGUUUGGAGUUGGAUUUUAUUCAACUUUUAUGAUAGCUGAUAAAGUUGAAGUUUACUCAAAACGUCAUGAACCUGGUAGUAAAGCUUAUAAAUGGGUGUCCGAUGGAUCUGGCUCAUAUGAAAUAAUGGAAGCUGAAAAUGUGCAGCCUGGUACAAAAGUUGUUGCAUAUAUUAAAAGUGGUAAUGAAAGAAAAUUUGCUGAUGAAGAUGAGAUUAAAGGUGUCAUUAACAAGUACAGCAACUUUGUUGCCUAUCCAAUUUACGUUAAUGGAAAAAGAGUUAAUAAUAUUCAGGCUGUCUGGCUGAUGGAACCCAAAGAGGUACCUCCAGAGAUUCACACGGAGUUCUUUCGAUACAUCACUAAGACAGUUGACACUCCCCGCUAUUGUUUGCACUACCAGACAGACUCACCCCUCAAUUUGAGGUGCCUGCUGUACGUGCCAGAAGGGAAGCCGGGACUCUUCGAAAUCAGUCGAGAUAUGGAGAUUGGUGUCUCUCUGUAUAGCUCGAGGGUGCUGAUUAAAAACAAGGCUGAUAUACUCCCCAAAUGGCUUCGUUUCAUGAGAGGUGUCAUUGAUAGUGAAGAUAUACCUUUGAAUUUAAGUCGAGAACUCUUACAAGAUAGUGCUUUGAUAAGAAAAAUUUCUACAAUGAUUACAAAUAGGUUUCUUCGAUAUCUACAAGACCAAAUGAGAAAGGAUAUUAAUAACUAUAGAGCAUUCCAUGAUAACUAUUCUCUCUUCUUAAAAGAAGGUAUCCUGUCAAACACUGAUCAACAGUUAAAAGAAGACAUAGCAAAGACAUUAUUGUUUGAAUCAUCAGCCCAUCCUGAAGGGCGAAAAAUCAGCCUAACUGAUUACGUAAAGAAUAUAAAAGAAGGACAAAAGGACAUUUAUUACUUAGCAGCACCCAGUCGACAAUUAGCUGAAACAUCUCCUUACUAUGAAGCCAUCAAGAGGAAAGACGUUGAAGUUCUUUUCUGCUAUGAACCUUACGAUGAACUCGUUCUGUAUCAGUUGCAACAAUUUAAUCUCAAGAAUGUCAUUGCUGUUGAAAAGGAAAUGAGGCAAGACAAAGAGGAUGCUACAUUAGACAGUAUAGAUGAUAACGUUAUGUUGAAAUCAAGUGCAGAAGAUUUGAUGAAAUGGUUAUCUUCACUUUUAGGAAACAAAGUUAACAAAAUUGUUGUGACAAAAAGGUUAUCAAAUCAUCCGUGUUUAAUAUCUUGUGAUGAGAUGUCAGCCGCUCGUCACUAUGUUCGCACUGCACUCCAAUCAAUGUCUGAGGAAGAGAGAAACUAUCUUUUGAAGCUCACUCUGGAACUCAAUUUAAGCCACCCGAUCAUGCAGAAGUUGAAUACAUUGCGUAAUAGCAAUCCUAAGUUAGCAGAAUUAGUUGCUCUUCAAGUAUAUGAUGCUGCUAUGGUGUCUGCUGGUUUAGUAGAUGAUCCUCGUAAAAUUACUGUUCAUUUAAAUGAGCUAUUAGCCAUGCUAUUAGAAAAACAUUGAUCUUCAUUUCGUAAUAAUGUAAAUAGUUUUUAUUUCAAUGCAACCAUUGAAGAAUAAAGAGAAACUUUCCUA